AUGUUGGUGGAGCUUGCAUCCCGCUCAUUGCAAACGUGGCUAGCAGCUAGCCUGUUGGCGACAACCUCUCUAGCCCAGGCAGCUCCGGAGAAACCCACAUAUGGCUAUAACCGAGGCGUCGCAGCCUGCCACCAAUUGGCCGCCAAGUUUCCCUCCUUAGUCUUCAGCUCCAAUACGUCCACCUAUGCCAAUCAGAGCGCCUUGCCGUGGUCCGAGACAUGCCUCCUCUCACCAAGUUGUGUUUUCCUCCCUCAAAAGGCCGCCGACGUUGCGGCUGCGUUGCCUCUCAUCAAGGAAGCACACGCCCCAUUCGCAGUGAUCAGCGUGGGCCACAUGCCCGUUCCGGGAGCAUCCACCUCCGAGGGCGUCCUGAUUUCCUUGAACGAUUUGUCGCAAUUGGAGUACGCCGAAGGUUCGAAUAAGACCAUUGCGCAAAUUGAGCCGGGCAACAAGUGGCUACAAGUCUACCAGUGGCUCGCGCAGUCUGGUCGGGCUGUGAACGGCGGUCGAUACGGCCAAGUGGGCGUGGGUGGCCUGCUCCUUGGCGGCGGAAUUGGGUACUUCAGCAGCAAAAUGGGCUGGGGCGCGGAUUCGGUCGUACAGUAUCAGGUUGUACUAGCGAAUGGGUCAAUUGUGCAUGCCAACCGCACCUCGCAUCCAGAGCUCUUUUGGGCCCUCAAGGGCGGAUCGAACAAUUUUGGCAUCGUGACUCGCUACGACAUGCUGACGAUGGAAGUGGGGGACGCUUUUGCCAGCGGCACUAUCUGGCAGUCGGCGUCGACCCCUCAGUGGUUUGAGGCUCUGAAUGCGUAUAUGGCCCCCGGGGGUGGUGCGGAAGACGUCAACGCCGCUAUUAUGCCCAUUGUCGCACUCACCCCGGGUGACGGCACCUACGAGGUGAUCAGUCUAGAAUUCUACUCCGAGCCAGUUGCAUCGCCCAAGGCGUUCGAGAAUUUCACAGCGAUUGACGGCCCAACACGGCUCCACGAGUCCAAAGUUGGAUCAUGGAUGUUCCUCGCCACGGCUCUGGAUACCCCGGCCUACGCGGCCAAAAAUCGCCGACAACUGUUCUGGGCCGUCAGCUUCCGACCCGAUCCUCGUGCGAUCAGCAUUGCUAAUCACACGGUGUUCGACCAGGCUAUGGUGGACUUGAAGAAUGUCACCGGCUGUACCAUCAGCUUCAGCUACCAGCCCAUCUCCAAGGCUUGGCUCCAAGCGUCCCAGGCUUUGGGGGGGGGAUGCAAUUGGUUUAGAUCCCGAGGAUGGGCCUUUUAUUGGUAUUUUCUAGCUUCUCCCCCCCCCCUAUCACAGGAUGUCCACUUGACUAACAAAAUGGAAACAGCGGGCUUGAUUUCUUCUUCCUGGAGCAAUGCAGAAGACGAUGAGAGAAUUUAUCAAUUCUCUCGGGAUGCGGCUAACUCAAUCCGCCGUCAAACCGAACCGUUGGGUUUAUACCAUCCUUUCGUCUUUCUCAACGAUGCAGGCAAGGGCCAAGACCCCUUCCCUGCGUAUGGCGGGGGUAAGAGUCUGAGGCGAAUGCGGGAGACACAGGCCAGAUAUGACCCUGAGGGUUUUUUGAAGAACCAUCUGGCACAUGGCUUCCCGCUAUGA